AUGGCACCUGUUAAAGAAGAAGACGGAGUUACGCUUACUAUAGAUGAGCCUAUUAAUGAAGACAAGAAAAAUGGCGAUGGGAACCAACUGAUGGCGGAUGAUGGUGACGGUAAUCAUGCGUACGCUUGUUUCUCAUGGAAACCCGCCUUCCUACAAUUCCUUGUAUCUCCGCGAUUCUUCUGCGUCCUGUUGUGCAUGGUGGUCGCCUCGGACGCCUUCAACUCGGGGACAUUCGGUAGCGCAGUGACGUCACUUGAGACGCGCUAUAAGCUACCUUCAUCUCAGCUUGGCUUCAUCAACAGCAUGUAUGAGCUGGCCUCACUGGUCCUAGUCCUGUUUGUGGUCUACUACGGAGGGAAACCAACCAGUAACAGACCUCUGUGGAUUGGCCUUGGAAGCUUACUGAUGGGGAUAGGUGUGUUGGUUGCGCUCUUGCCACAGUUCAUAUUCGGAGCUUACGUGUAA